UUGUCAAUAUGUGUUGUUGAGAGGAGAGUGUGAAGGGGGUUCUGCACGUGGAUUGUAUAUUUAAAACACAUCAACUUUUUCAAAAAUGGCAAAAUCAAAGAAACCUUUUUUAAAAAAGAAAAAUGUAGUAAUAAAGGAAAAAGUGCUUUCAAAAGGAAGCAACGAUGAAGAGGGUAAUGAAUUGGCCGAUGGGUACGAUUCAAUGAUCGAAAAUGGCACAAGUGAGGAUAGUGAUUCCACAGGUGGUGAUGAUUCCAGUGAUGAUGGCUUCUCUGAAAAGGAGGAGCAGGAGGACUCGGUGAAACCCAUAAAACAUCUUGCAGCAUCGAAAAAUAAGCGCAAGAUGGAACCACCUGCGUUAGCUCAUAGUGAUGAGCCACCUCAAGCCAAAAAGACUAAACUUAGCACUGCUGCGGCAGAGAAAGUAAAACCCCCUACUUUAGAGGAAAUUAAUGAGCUAAAAGAGACAAGAAACCUCUUCCACUCAAAUCUAUUUCGUUUGCAAAUCAAAGAAAUGUUAGGGGAAGUUAAAGUAAAAGAAAAAGUUAGCAACUACAUUACCACUUUUAUGGACCAAUUUAAAAUAUUUGUGAAGACACUUAAGGAUAUGCCCGAAAAAGAGGACAUAAAUGAGUUGUCGUUUUUAAAAAACUCAUCAAUAGUCACUCCACUGAGCAUCCAAGCUUUAAAGCUGCAACAACAAAAGCUAUUCCAGUUUCAAUUCCUGAAGUCUACCACUGAACCUUUCUUCAUAGGGGCCUGUGGCACAAAAUCACUAUUAGGUCCUCGAUUGCAAGCUGAUAUUUGUGUUAUUAUGCCCGAAGGAUGCUUUCAAAAAGACAAUUUUUUAAAUUUGCAGUAUGACCAGAAGAGAGCCUUUUAUUUGACAUACUUAACACAAAAACUUAUUGAAUCAGACAGCAUUCCGGGCUUAAACCCAAAUCAUUUGAAAUUUGUUUAUUACAACAACAAUCCUUUGAAACCACUGCUGGAAAUUACGCCACCAGAGGCGGCUGGUAAAAAAAUUGCCCAGAAAUUAAUAUUUCGCAUAUUCGUAUCAGCCGAUCAAGCAUCAUUCAAACUAAACCGCUUUGUACCCUGGAAUAAUAACAUACGGCCUUCCUUGUACGGUGAGGAGAAUGGCGAGCAAUUGGCCACACCAUGUUAUAAUGCUAAUAUAUUAUUCGAUUUGACAAUGCAACGGAAUCAACAACUUUUGGAUGGAAUUUUUGAAAAUCGCAAAAAUUUUCAAGAAGGUUUUAUACUUUUAAAGGUAUGGUUGCGUCAACGUCAGCUAGAUUUGGGUUAUUGUGGAUUUAGCAGUCAUAUGAUGGCUAUGUUCAUUGCCUAUUUGAUCAAGCAAAGAAAACUUCACAAUAACAUGAGCAGCUAUCAAGUGGCACGAAAUGUUUGGAAUAAUUUGGCACUCUCCUGUUGGAACGAACCAAAUAAAGGCAUUAGCCUUUGUGACAAAACUGCCACAGCGCCCAAUCAACCUACAAUGGAACAGUUUCAUGACCACUAUAGUGUAGUUUUUAUAGACGUUACAGGAUUCUUAAACAUUUGCUACAACUUGUCAGAAGACAUAUACCAGCGUAUAAAAUUGGAAUCCCAAUUAGCUGUGGACAUGCUGAAUGAUAUGAAACUUAAUAGUUUUCAAUUUCUAUUCAUGACUAAAAUGCCACUCUACAGUCAAAUGGAUCAUGUAUUGAAAAUUAAUAAGCCAGAUGCUGUUGAGCAAAUAUUGGAAAUACAUAUUUCGCCGCAGGACAAAUAUAACAGCGCAUGCUAUACAUAUCCACAACUAUUGACGACCGUUACAAAACUUCUCAAAAAGGGCUUAGAUAAGCGCAUUGAAUUUCUAAUACCCCUUGAGGAAAUGACAUUGCCAUGGAAUAUUAACGAGCCACCAUCACAUGCCUUGCAACAACUACAUUUGGGCUUAAUUCUGAAUCCCGACAAAGCAUAUGAAAUUCUCGAUAAAGGUCCAGAGUCUAUAGAUGAAUCGGCGGCAAAAUUUCGGGCCUUCUGGGGUGAAAAAGCGCAACUGAGACGUUUUCAGGACGGUACCAUAACCGAGUCUGUGGUUUGGGCUUCUGCCAACGAUAGCCUGGCAAAGAAACGUCUAAUUGUACGUUCAAUCGUUCUAUAUAUACUUGAACAUCAUUAUCAGCUGGAAGAAAAGGAUGUUGAAUAUAUUGCUGGAGAAUUUGACUUGGUUUACUCAUUGACAAAAAGUUUCAAAGUAGAUGGAAUUAAAUCCAAGUAUAACAUACAACAAGAUACCAAUGCUGAAGCGCUUUCUUUGCAUGUUAUACAAGAAUUUGAUGAUUUAGCACGAAAACUAAAUGCUUUGAAAGAACUUCCGUUGGAAAUUGUGUCAAUAGCUGGCAUAUCACCAGUUCUUAGGUAUUGUGAACCUCAGCCAGUUUUGCCACAGGCCAGAUAUAUUCAAGAACAAUUGUAUGCAAAUCACAUACAAUAUGGUAUCAUACAAUUGGGUCUAAGUGGUAAAUGGCCUGGAGAGUUGGCAGCGUUUCGUGCCUUGAAAACUGCAUUUUACAUACAAAUUGCCAGCUUGUUAAAAGAACAACAUAAUCUACAAUGCAGAGUAACUUACGAUGGCAUAAUGGUCCUAAAACAAGGCUAUUGUUUCAAUUUAGAAAUUGCCCAUCCCAAAGAAGUUGGGUUACUGAAGAAGGAAAAAACUGAGAAGGGUAUAACACGCCAUGUAGAUUGUGUCGAAAGUAUAGCUCUGGAGAAACGUCAUUAUAUAUUACCUAAGGUGGCUGGUGCUUUGAAGGCCCUACAUCAAAGCUGUUCUUCGUUUGGACCAACUGUUAUGAUAGCCAAGAGAUGGUUAUACUCACAACUCAUAGAUGAUGGCCAGUGGCCCGAAGAAUGUACCGAGUUAUUAAUAGCUUCGCAAUAUUUGAAAACAUCAUCAAAAUUCAUAGGCAAUUCACCACAAAUGGCUUUCAUAAGGUUUUUGCAUUUGUUAGCAAAUGCAGAUUGGAAAUCUGAAUUGUUUCUUAUCAAUUUCAAUAACGCCAUGGAUGAAAGUGAAAUAUCUGAUGUGGAACAUCGUUUUGGUGCCGAAAGAAAUGAUUUUCCCCCUCUGUGUAUAGUAACAUCAUAUGAUAAACAAUAUUAUGGUAAAAUCUGGUCUUCACACCUGAAUCCAAAUGUGCAUGUUUUGGCCAGAGUUACAUUAUUGGCGCGACAAUGUUUGGAAAUCGUAGAGUCAACCUUACUAGCCUCUUCAAGUUUUGUUAAGCCUGUGCAAAUAUUUAAACCUUCCAGUGAGGGUUAUGAUCUGGUUAUACAACUAAAGCCUGAAGCUGUGCCCAAUACUUUGGCUUUCGAUUUUGGUUCGUCGUUUGUGGAAUUUACCAAGCCCAACUGGCACAUGCCUUUAGCAGGAAGUAAUUUCGUCAAACUAGCUGUGAAUAAACUAAGGGAGGCCUAUGGGGAAUUUGCCGCCUUCUUUUACAAUCCCUGUGGUGGCAAAGAAAUCGCUCUCGUUUGGAAACCUUAUGCCUUUGAGGCUAAAGAUUUUAAAGUCAACGAUGUCAAUGGUUGCUGCCUAAUGCCGGAUCAUAAGAAAAUACAAGCCAAGAAGGAGAAUCUAACAGAAGAUUUCAAGUUUAUUUUGAAAGAUUUUUAUUUGCGCUUAGGUACAGUGGAAGCUGUUAAAAAGGCUAGUGAAAAGAAGCCUAUAGAGAUUCUUCCCAAAGGCAACGAAUCCCAAAGAUAUUUUUCUCGAAAUAAACCACAACAACAAACUACAGCACCAACAAUGGAAAUCAAAUCGACAAAAUCCACUAAAGCUGCGACAAAAACAAAACCUUUGCAGAAAAAAUCAAAGAAAACAAAAAAAGUAUAAUAAAAAAUUCUAAUUAGUAUUAGGAACAAUUAUUUUAGUUAUAGUACUUGUAAUGUAUAAGACUUAUUUUUUGUAUAAAAAAAACUUAAUUGAAUAGAUUUUA